UCACAGCGGCGGGCCUCAGACCCCAGCGCGGACGCGGACUUUGUCUUUGGGCGCCCCUGCUCUGCCCUUCCUGGUUUCCGGCAAGAUCGCAGAGGAGCCGGCGUGCCUCUCUGCCCUCCAGCCUUCCUCACCAUGUCCAAGAUGCCGGCCAAGAAGAAGAGCUGCUUCCAGAUCACUAGUGUCACCACGGCCCAGGUGGCCACUAGCAUCACCGAGGACACCGAGAGCCUGGACGACCCGGACGAGUCACGUACGGAGGACGUCUCCUCCGAGAUAUUCGACGUCUCUCGGGCCACGGAUUAUGGCCCUGAGGAGGUCUGUGAGCGCAGCUCCUCGGAAGAGACGCUCAACAAUGUUGGGGAUGCGGAGACUCCCGGGACCGUCUCCCCAAACCUCCUCCUGGACGGGCAGCUGGCGGCCGCGGCGGCUGCUCCCGCCAACGGAGGAGGAGCCGUUUCGGCCCGGAGCGUGGCUGGGGCGCUGGCCAGUACCGCGGCGGCGGCGGCGGCCGCCACCUCGGCCCCCUCCGCGGGGGCACCCGGCGGUCCCCCGGUCGCGGGCUCGUCUGCCGGGCCAGGGACUGCGGCCCCAUCGCAGCCCCCCACCACUUGUAGUUCCCGAUUUCGCGUGAUCAAGCUGGACCACGGGAGCGGGGAGCCCUACCGCCGCGGCCGAUGGACGUGUAUGGAAUACUAUGAGCGGGAUUCGGACAGCAGCGUCCUGACCAGGUCCGGGGAUUGCAUUAGACACAGCAGUACUUUUGACCAGACUGCGGAGCGGGACAGCGGCCUGGGCGCCACCGGAGGGUCGGUGGUGGUGGUGGUGGCCUCCAUGCCAGGGGCGCACGGGCCCGACUCGGGAACUGACAGUUCCUUGACUGCUGUGUCACAGCUACCCCCGUCGGAGAAAAUGAGCCAGCCCGCCCCGGCCCAGCCGCAGAGUUUUGGCGUUGGGCAGCCACAGCCACCGCCGCCCGUAGGUGGGGCUGUGGUUCAAAGCGCGGCUCCAGUGCCGCCGUUCCCGGGAGCCGCGGCCGGGCCGCAGCAGAUGAUGGCAGCCCCGCAGCCCAGCCAGCCCCAGGGAGCCGGCCCCGGCGUCCUCCCGCAGGGGCCCAACGGACAGGGUCUGCCGCUGACGAAUGUAACCCUGACGCAGCCCGGCGUGCCCCUGCCGCCGCAGCCCGGCCCGACCCUCGGAGCGCCAGCGACGCAGCAGCCUCCGCAGUUCGCGUACCCCCAGCCUCCGCUCCCGCCCGGGCAUUUGCUGCCCGUCCAGCCCACGGGGCAGAGUGAGUACCUACAGCCGCACGUGGCCGGCCUGCAGCCGCCAAGCCCUGCUCAGCCCUCGUCCACCGGCGCCGGAGCGAGCCUCGCCACGCCUGCCAGCCUGCCGGUGGGCACCGGCCAGAAUGCCUCCACGGUGGGUGCGCAGAUAAUAGGCGCGUCUUCCCUGCCCGGUGAAGCCGUGGCUCCGGGGCCGGGACCCGCGCAGGGCGGGCAGGCCGCGCCUGGUCAACCGGCUGGAGUGCCCCUGGCCGCUGUAGGAUGCGCGGUGCAGCCGGGCCUGGUUCCCCCUGGGACCGGGCAGCCCCAGUCCGUGCCUCCGCCGCAGAUGGGCGGCAGUGGUGCGCCGUCGGCCGUGCCUGGCGGCCCCCACGCCGUGCUGCCCGGAGUUCCAAACGUGCCUGCAGCCGUGCCCGCUCCAAGCGUGCCUAGUGUGUCUACCACCUCUGUUACUAUGCCAAAUGUACCCGCGCCUCUGGUCCAGUCGCAGCAGCUGAGCAGCCAUACGCCAGUCAGCAGGAGCGGCAGCGUAAUCCAGCAUGUUGGGCUGCCCUUAGCGCAAGGCACACCCAGUGUACCAACAAGUCUACCACAGUCUGACUUAAGCCAGUUUCAGACUCAGACCCAACCUUUAGUCGGGCAAGUUGACGAUACUAGAAGAAAAUCAGAACCCCUACCUCAACCACCACUUUCUCUCAUUGCUGAAAAUAAGCCUGUUGUGAAGCCUCCUGUUGCAGAUGCCCUGGCAAACCCCCUUCAGUUAACACCUAUGAACAGUUUGGCCACCUCUGUAUUCAGCAUAGCUAUUCCUGUUGAUGGUGAUGAAGACAGGAAUCCUUCAACUGCUUUCUACCAAGCGUUCCAUUUGAACACGUUUCAGGAAUCAAAGAACCUCUGGGAUAGUGCAUCUGGGGGAGGUGGUGUAGCCAUUGACAACAAAAUAGAACAAGCAAUGGAUCUGGUGAAAAGCCAUUUGAUGUAUGCAGUAAGAGAAGAAGUGGAAGUUCUAAAGGAACAAAUAAAAGAAUUAGUUGAAAGAAACUCUUUACUUGAACGAGAAAAUGCACUGUUAAAAUCUCUUUCAAACAAUGAUCAAUUAUCCCAACUCCCAGCCCAACAGGCCAAUCCUGGUAGCACUUCUCAACAACAAGCAGUGAUAGCACAGCCUCCGCAGCCAACGCAACCUCCACAGCAGCCGAAUGUCUCCUCAGCAUAAAGCUUUCUUGCCUCAUUAAGAAAAAAACUGAAAGCAAUCUAUCCUUGUGUGCCACUGGUAUUCUUUCCACUUUAUACGAAAGCAAGUAGCCAUGCUUCGGUUGUGUGUUUGGCCUUUUCAGUAUUAGACAAUCAUUCUACAGGAGCUUUUCCUCUCUUUGAGAUGUCAUGCAGCGCUGUUGAUGUCCAGUUUUAUGUCAUCAGUACACAAGGAGAAUAAUAGGUGGGGUUUAUUAAAGCAAGCCGAGUCUGCAUUUUACCUGGUGCGCAUGAGUGGGGUCUUUUCAGAGCUUUGGUGGCUCUCCCAUGUUUCCUGUUACCCGUGGAUUUACCCUGAGCCUUCCUCGCACAUUAUAAAUAACAGUUCAUCUAAAGAGCCACUUUUCUUUCAAUAUCGGUAACAUUUGCCUACGUAAGUUUUCAUUUAUUUGUGUUUUAUUUAUUACAGGGCUGCUAUUUUCAUAAUGUACAUGAACAAUGUCACAGAACUUUUUUAAUUUUUUUGAAUAAUUAUAAGUAUCAGUAAAGGAUUUGAAAGACAGGAUUGCAUUUAAUAGAUAAAAUGUUUAGGCAAUAAUUGAACAAAAGAAUCCUGGCAUAUUUCUAACACUAAUGGCAAUUUACCUUCGGUAUUUAUUUUCAGUAGUAAAGACCCAGCUUGAAUGUAAAUUUUGUAUAGUGUAAGUAUGAAGAACAUAGUGCAACUGUACAGGUAGUCACCAGUUAUUGUGAUAUAAUAAAUAAUUGGGCUAUUUUGAUGAAGAAAACUUUGUUCAUUUGUUUCUACUUUCUAAUAGAGAAAUUGCCACGAUUCCUCUGCUUUUUGACAUUUCGUAUGACUUUCUUUCUUCGGGUGGGAAUAAAAAGCUGUGAAAUUGUUCAAUCUACUUUGUAACCAAAGAAGCAAAGCUGUGUAAUGGAGUUUUUUUUUUAUAAUGCACAUUCUUUAUGUAUUUUUAUUUAGUGUUUUCUCGGUCACAAUUUUCUUUGCUGUCUAGCAUGAUCUGCAUGACCUAUAAUCUUUGAACCACUUUCGUACCUCAUGUUUUUAUCCAGCACUCUUAUUGUAAUAUGUACUAGUCUGUGAACAAUGUCAAAUAAAAGAACGAACAGGUAGUAUGGUGGAGCUGAGCUAGUGUACCAUACACUAGUUGUAAAAAAAAAAAAAAAAAAAAAAAUGAAGUGAGCCAUCUUUUGUUCAUUUAAAAUGGUGUUUUGAAUUUCGUAUGCAGAAAACGUUUUGUUACAUUGCAGAUUUUAAUGUAUUUAAUAAAUGCAACAUGCAGAUUAAGUGCAGUGUAUACUGAGUAUUUAAAUUAAAAUGUACAUUUCAUAAAUACAGUUUCAAGAGAAAGCAUCAUUUUGUGUAUACUAACACAUUAAGUGUAUGUCAGAAAUUGAUGUAUAAAUAUAUAUUUUAACACAUUUUCUGAAAUUAAACUGCAGUUUUGUUGAAAUAUUUGGCUCUAUAUGUGUUCAAAAUUUAAUUUGAUUAGCUUUGUAUUUUCACAGUUCAAGAUAUUCCUUAAAUGAAAACCUGUGUUCUUAAUGAUUUAAUGAUAGUUCUUAAAUUUUCAAAGUAAAAUAAUUUAAGAAUGCAAGAAUGGUGAGCAAUAUUUGUACUCAAGAUUCAUAUUAUGUCAGUGACCUUUAAGUAAGAAAUCCUUGUCUACCAAAACUUUUACUUGAAUUCAGAAAGGUGCCUGUAGAAAACUUAACAUGCUGUGUGUCUAUAGCCAGCUAGCUAAUCAGGAGUUAACGGGAACCAAUAGUUAGCUCUCUGCGUUGUUAAAAGAGGAUAAAUAACUGUUCUUUGUCUAUUUAAAAUUAAAACUUCAUCAGAUUUAGCCACAAAGGAAAUGCGUAAAAUUGGGGUGUAUGUAGGAUUACCAAAUAUUUUAUGUUCUAGUUGUGCUGGAGGAUACAUUGUUGAAUAUAAACAAAAUUUUAAUGUUAAUAAUAUGAGAAAAAACUAAGGAACUAAGGACAUAAGCUUGAGAAGUAAUCCUGUAGGUGUGGAACAAGAUUCUAAGUAGAGUCACCACCAAUGCGUUAGGAAAUGAAACUUCCGUGUUGGAAUGUCAAUCACAAGGCUCACCAGGUGUGCUCCUCAAGUCCAAAAAAAGUGUGAUAUUUAAAACUGGCAGAGAAAAACUAGUAUUAGAAAAGGUUGAGAUUUUUGUGAAAAUACAAAUUUUGGUUCUUGGGAUAGAAAAACACUUCAUAAAGUAAUAGUCACAAAGGAAAUGAUUGAUAAUGUUAAUUUAAAAUGGUAAUUAAAAGCAAUUAUUACUAUUUUUGCAUUAAAAAAAAAAAAACCACCACAGUAGAAAAUAUGGGUAGUUCACAGAAGAAAUAAAUGGCAGUUUCUAAAGUUUCAGCCUCUAGUAACCUAAGAAAUGCAAAUUAAUAUUUAAUGAAUUGUUAUUUGUCUUUUAAAUAGCAGGACCUAAUGUAGAAAGGCAAACUUUCCUGUGUACUUCCAGAAAAUAAUUUGACAAUAUGUAUCAAGAGCCUUAAAUAUUAAUAAACUUUUCAGUUUAAUGACAUAAGAUAACUCAUGGUGCGGUGUUCAAAAGAUGCAAAAUUACAGUAGUGCUCGUCCUUUGCUCUCCCAUCCUUCUCCUUCCCAUUGGGUCCCCCUUCCCCUUACAUAACCCCCAAAACAGCUGUGAAAGGAAACCUUUACAUCCAAACCUACUCUCUUGAGGCACGCCCUCACCCCGAAGUCAGGGACAGACUUAAAGGUGGGAAAGCUUAACUGUUUUUUAGAAUAAAAUACACUGUAUUUGAGAACAACAUCGAGACAUUACCCCAAGUGUUCGGUUUGUUUAGAUCUUAAGUAAAUUUCAGUUUGACCUCAGAUUUAAGGUCCCUUAGUCCACAUAAUUGGAAUAUUUAUUGGGAUGCCAAUUUGGGGGGCACAAUCUUACAGGAAUGCCAUCUGUAAUUUUCUCUUGUAGACCAAAGUGCCACACAAGUUUUCUGUUGGUUUACUUUAACCAACCAGAAAAUCCUAGGUGAAGAAUUCGUUUCUGAUAAUGGCAAUAUGUCUGCAAUACAAACCGAACUUUCCCCAAAGAGAACUUAUUUUAGGUAGUUAACAGUGUGAUUUUACAGCUUGCUACACCCCCUCCCCAAAAAAGGCUUAUGAGGCGUUAAACAUGCGGUUACUUUAACUCAUAGUUGUAUGUUCAAAAUAGCUGGAUAUUUCAAUUCUAUUGUAAAUGUUCUGAGCUAAGUAGAAGUAUUAAGGUGGAAUGCUUUGCCAUCAAGUCCCCAGAGAUAGGUAAUCACAACUGUCUUUAUCCACAAAGAAUUAUCACAGGUCAGAGAUGAUGAUGUUUCUCCAAAUUCAAACUGGUCACUCCUAGACCUUUUAAAAAAGAGCUGGGGCAAGUCCUUAAGAUUAGAGUAAAAUACCUGUUCUUAGAUGGAAAUUCACCUCUGUAGAACUAGAAAUAAAAUAACAGCUAAUUUGGGGGGGAAAUUUUUCAGAUGAUCUGAAGUCUAAUUUUUUUAAAGGAGGCUCAGUGCAGGCACCUUGUGACUUGACUCAAUUCUCUUCAAUACUUUUAAAAGGACAAAGCCCAGGUCUAAAGAUUCACAGUUUGAGGACUUAGACAAACCAACAUGUACAAUGCAAUAGUGAAAACAUACAAAGAUGGAUUUGUCAGGGGAGGUUCCCUCACAGAGAUGACACCUGAUAAGGAAACAGUGCUCCAAAGUUUAAAGGAGAGCACAAACAAAACUCCUCGAAUUGCCACAGAAUUGUUUCCCAGGAGACAGACUCAGGCAAAGUCUGACUCACCAUAGUAGGUUGGCAGCUAGAACAAAAAUAACUUCCCGAAUGAUUUUAGGCAGUGGGAUUGUGACCAGAUAAGCAGUUUAGAAAAAUUAAUCAUUCUAGUUACCAAUGGGAGGUGAAUUGGUGGGCUGAAACUGGAAGUGGGGAAGUAAUUUAGGAGGUACAAUAAUCCAGAAAUGAAUAGGCAAAAUUACAAAAUGAUAAAUAGGCAGAUUAGUGAUGCUCAUGAGGAAGUUUGUCUUGGGUCUUUCUAUACCAUUAUCCCCUCUACAGUGAACAUUCCAUUCCCAACAUCCGGUGUCUGUUCUUUCUGCUUCCAAAGAAAGAUCAGAGAACCUUAUGUCUUAGAAUGUUUUAGUCAAACUCUUCCUUCCAACAGCCAUAAUACUUCAAUGAAAUGAAAGUCUUUGUUUAAAGGAAUUUCAAGAAUUUAGCAAAAGGGUAGGGGGAAUGGAAGACCCCUGGCUUCAUAUUUAUGCCUCUGUAAAUUCAGCCCUCUAGGUAAACCAAAUUUAGUUCCUUUAUGGUGACUAGAAUUAGAGUGUCCCAGAGCAUGAGUCCAAAUCCUGUCCCUCAAGGCUAUCCUUCCCCAAGAAGGAUAAUGUGAGUUUUGGCCCCAUUGCAGAUACUGAAACCCAAGUCAAAAUAGGUUUUGUUGGCUUCACCUUUUCAUUCUUCGACACAGUUCAAUUCAGAAGGCUUCUUUCUUCCCUGAAAGUCCCCUGCCUAAGCAAAAUAAUCUCUUCUCCCACCCCUUCCUGCCUCAAGCCUAGUAACCCAUGUUUCUAUUUUCUAGCAAUACUAACCUAAUGGCUUAUUAUUUAGUGACAUAUAUUUGCACCCUUUCAACAUUCUAGGAUGCAACUCUGUUACAUGUACUUCCAUGCCAAGUCACAGAAUUUCUAUAGCGAGAUCUGUUCUUUGAAUGUAUGUAUUCCUUUGUCAGUGGAGAAUAUCACUGUACAAGUGCUAUUUAAUGAUUUCCUUAGUGGGCUACAGUUGGUAUGGCAUGCUAUGUUCACAGAUGAAAAAUGGUAAGUGAGGCACAUACACAAAGCAAGCUACAGGUCAUAGACAUUUUUUUUUUUUUUUUUAACAAUCAUCAUAAAUAAAAGUAAGACAGCCUUUCGGGAUUGGUAAUGGUAAAGUAAAAAGUUGGUAUUUUGCACUGAUACAGUCUACUUGGUCAUAAAAUUUGUUCAACAUAAUGAGUUAGCUUUAUUUUUUUUUUCUUCUCCUUACCAGGAAAACUGAUAGAUUAGGCAGUUUUGAGAAUUCUUCCAUGAUGUGUUGUCAUAGAUUGAGCUAUAAAACAGCAUCUAACUUUGUGGACUAAGACAUUGCCCACAGAAGCCAAAGUUAUCCCUUUGAAAGAAGGAAGAAAGAGGUGUGGUAACUUAGAUCAUAAAAAAUAACUGAAUUUUAAAACAAGGCAAAUGCCACACUUCUACUUGCCCAUAUAAAAAGUUUUUACCUUUUCAUUUUUCUAUAUAACAACUGUAAAGUAGUCUUGCCUACUGCAAUCCAACUGUUUUCCAGAUCACAGUUCUCAUCCUCAUUUCACAGGCAAGCAACGCAUCUAGAGAUAGGUCAUACCUGAGGAAGUCCAUAGACAACAAGGGAAUAUUUUCCCCACACUUGGCGUGAAAUAAUUUACCAGGUCAGUGUCUUAUUCCAGUAUCUCUACUAAAAUAGAUAACAUAUAAUUUAAUCAGAAAAAAAGGACUAUGUGUAACUUUGUCAAUCCCCUAAAGGUUUUGUUUUUGAGAAGUUUGGGUUUUAUUUUUUGUUUUAUAGAAACACCGUUGGAAUGCACUUUAGUUCUAUUUCAAUUCAGGUGCUGCACCCUGUAAUAGAUGUUUGGAGAUAGAUAAAUGGGACAUGAUUUGUGCACUCCAGGAGCUAUGGUUCAUGUAGAAGUAAAAACUAAAGUGCCAUUGUUUAUUCAAAGUGUAUGUCAUAGUUUGUGAACGUCAUAUAAUCUGUUGAAUGAAAGGUUCAUGUAAAUCAACCGUAAUAUUGCCCUGCCACAUGACAUUGCCAGGAAGCAACUUUACAUCACCAAAAAGCUUUAACAUCAAACAGUACUUUUAGAAAGAGGGGACUUGGUGAAAAGCCUCCUAUCUCUAUAAUUGAGCCUGUGAGGUGUCCCCUAAAAAAACGGAACUAAUCUGAGAGAGAAGUUUACACAUUUUUUAAUACUCUUAAGUUUGUAGAUAAUGGAACUGAUUUAAAUCAAACUUAACUAGAAUAGAAUUUGUGUGUCAAUGAGUUAUAUUCUCUAUUGUCUUAUAAGCAACACACUCAUUAUCUUGGCUGACAAAACCAGCUACCAUUCAGUGAACCAAGUUAAGAAUAACUCAGGUGCCUGAUGCCAAAAAUAAAUCUGAUAGAGCUGGAAUCCAGAAACAACUAUGUAUUGAAUAAAUGAUAAAAGUAACAUUUCAAAUUAGUAGGAAAAGAAUGGAUUAUUCUACAAAUAAUAUUGAGACAACAUAAUCAUUUGGGGAGAGAAAAUAGAUCUCUAGCUCACAAAAAUUAAAUCCAGCUAGACAAGCUAGACAAGUCUAUUGCUUUUUGGUCACAUAUCCCUUGUAGAAAUCUCCCUGUAAAAAUUCAGAUAAGCAAAAAGUUUUAUAAGAUUAUGAAGAGAUGCCCAAACUCAGCAAAAUAAGGGAAAUGCACAAUAAAAAGAAGCUAUCUCAAAUCUAGUUGGCAAAUAUUUAAAAUCUCUAUAAAUCACAAACCUGCAAGAGUGGGAAAACAGAUAAAUUGGCACAGCUACCUUUAAAGGCAGUCAACUGGUAUCCAUUAAAAUGUAAAAUUCACAUGCCCUGUCGCUCAACAUUUCCAGUUUAUAAUGAAACACACUCCCAUUCUGUGUUCACAGGGUGGCCUGUACAAAGAUGUCACUUGUAACUUUGUAAUAGAAUAAAAUUGGAAA